CAUAAUAAAAAUGGCGCUCGCGGCACGUGAAGAUUGAUGUGAAAUAUCGGAAAUUGUUCAAAACAGAAUUAGUUUUAAAUUAAGUGCUAGCGAUGUAUCGAUUGCUGAAGUUACGAAACUCCAGUUUAAAUAGUUUGCAUAUGGUGUCGUUUGGAAAUGGUCAACGAAAUGCCGGUACUAUUGGUGUUACCCAAAGGGGUUGUUCCCUGUGCAAACGCAACAAUGUCUUUAAUGAUAUUCACAAUCGUUUUAUUAGAAAGCAGUCAACACAUACAAGUCCUAGUUUAGCAACCAAAAAGACGAGAAAAAAACGAACAAAAACAAUGAAAAAGUAUGCAGAAAUGCUAGUAGUGACAAAUACAUCAAGUUCGGAGUGCAAAGCCACAGUGCGCAGUCUUCACCCAAACGAUGUUAAAAUGAUGGCAUUGGCAGAUUUAAAUUUAAACGAGUUUCAUAAACUUAAGGAUUACAAGAAGGAUGUCAAUAGGAUUGUAUAUGAGUAUAGCUACAACAACCUGACUGAUGUUCAUAAUUUUCCGCAUAUCCUUAUAAGCGAAAAACCUUUUCUGGAAACUACAUUUACCAGUUCAAUUAGCUCUGUGAUAAAUAGUAAAAUUAAUAAUGAACUGAUUACUCCAAACAUACCAUCCAUAACUUCGUAUCCAAUGGAUCUGGACAUUUUGCAAAGUAUAAAACCAAACCAUCAAUUCCAACCUGAAGCGCUUGAAGAGGAUAUAGUUGAAGAAACCCCUGAUAAUGUAGUUGAAGAGGUUCCAAAAAAGAAAUUUAAGAUAUAUGAUAAGAAGGCAAGAGAAGAGGUUAUUAGCAAGACUUUAGCAUCAUAUAUUGAGGUGUGCGUGAGCCUGAGAACGCCAAAGAGGGGCUUAAAUGCCUUAUACUUUCAUAGAUUCCGUGCUUCCAAAACUCCUGAUCGAUUUCCGCCACUUAAGAAUAUAGCGGUUUACAAUGCGUUAUUGAAAGGUUUUGCAGCCAAAGGAGAUUUUCACAAAAUACGUGAAGUCGUCAAGUUCAUCGAAGAGGAAGAGGUAGCUUUGAACGUGCAAAGUUUUUCAGCAAUCUUCGAAUGUUUGGGGCGAGUCAAUAGCAAUGGCAGUCACUCUAAGUACAUUGCAACUUAUGUAAAUUUAUCAGAAGAGAAAGGCAUUAGCUUCGAUAAAAUUAUGAACGAAGCCACCUUUCUUUUCGACCAAAGAGACCGUGUUUUGGAUGCGUUGCAAUAUUUUCGGCCUGAUUAUGUUCCUAAUUACGAGGAGCCCAGUGUUCAAUUCAAGAAUCAUUUACUCAAUCAUUUAAAUCACGAACAGCAAACUAAAGGAUUUCCAGAUGAAUCUAAUAAUGCAACUGAAUCUGGGAUAUUUAGUAAAGAUAAAUUGGAGUAUUGCAUAAAACAUCAGAUAGAAAUUGAGAAUAAUGUUUUGGUUACUGUAAAAAGUAUUGAGGCCAAACCUAAGCCAACAGAAGAAAUUCUGAAGUAUAGGAAAGCAUGGGGUGAGCAUUUGAAGUUGUGGGAAGAAGCUGCCUUAAAAGCUUUCAACCGAGAUUUAUCAGCUAUGAGUGCGCACAGGAGCGCUUUGAACAUGGAGCCUUAUAUGCGAGCCAUUCCUAUAAGAGACUACAUCACGAUUAUUGUGGAUGAGGCUCAGAAGAUUGCUCAAGGAUCAGAAACUUAUAGUCCCACAGUAAAUAUGUUGUAUAGGGAUUUAGGUGCCAAAGUGUAUGCUAGAUAUAAAGUUUUGAAGAAGCAGAAAUCUGGAGUCCUUGACAAAAUGCAUAUGAUCCAUAAAAAGUACUGCGAACAUUAUGCUGCCAAUCAUGGAAAUUUGGGAAUUUUGCCCACGGACGUGGACUAUAUGAAUACAAGACAAAAAUGGCAAUGGGCUGAAUAUGCAUACAAGCACGAAGGGGCGACUAUGCAUAUGGAUCAUCAGGAAUGGGUUCCAACUGCAUUGCAAACUAUUGGAAAAUUUCUAUAUAACAUUAUUAUGCACGAUUUAAAAAUCGAUGUUAAUGUGAUGAGGAAUAACAACAAACACAAAAAUUAUUUGCCUGCGUUCUACACCAUAUUUAGGAACCAGGGAAGGCUAGUCAAAGAAGAGGUGAAACCACAUCCCAUAUUAUCGAAAUUGUACAGAGCUUCUGUGCCGGAAACUCUCAAUUUUCCAUCUUACGAGUUGCCUAUGCUUUGCCCUCCAAUACCCUGGGUGGACGUUAAGACUGGAGGAUAUCUGGUAGCUCCAUGCGAAGUAAUCCGACUUCCACCACAAGCAACACUUCAGAAGAAACGCUUAAUGGAAUCAGACAUGAACAAAUUAUAUCCAUCUCUUGAUGCUCUUAACCAAUUAGCUUCAGUUCCAUGGAAAGUGAAUCAAAUGGUGCUUGACGUUAUACUAGAAGUUUUUAAGUCUGGUGGUUCCGCAAAACUAGAUGUUCCUGAGGCUCCGAGUUCACUAGAACCUCCAGCCCCUGUUACCAAUGAUAUGGACAAAACACAAAAAUACUUAAACUUUAGACAAAAAUUGCAAUAUAGGAGAAAAAAAGCUGAGAUGUAUUCGUUAUGGUGCGAUUGCCUCUACAGGCUUUCUCUGGCAAAUCAUUUUCGGGAUGAUAUAUUUUGGUUACCGCAUAACAUGGAUUUCAGGGGUCGUGUUUAUCCAGUUCCUCCCCAUUUGAAUCACCUGGGGUCUGAUUUGGCAAGGUCGAUGCUUGUUUUCGCUGAGUCUCGCCCUCUUGGGCCAGAUGGUCUAAAGUGGCUUAAGCUACAUCUUAUUAACUUGACCGGCCUUAAGAAACGCGACAAAGUGGAAGAUCGUCUAGCGUACGCGGAUGAUAUAAUGAACUUGAUAUUGGAUUCAGCUGAUAAGCCAUUGACUGGUAAACGCUGGUGGGCCGAGUCCGACGAACCUUGGCAAACUCUGGCCUGUUGCAUGGAGAUAGCGAAGGCAAUUCGAUCACCUGAUCCGGAAAAGUAUCUUUGUCAUUUUCCAAUUCACCAAGAUGGAAGCUGUAAUGGUUUACAGCACUACGCAGCUUUGGGAAGAGACAGUGCUGGAGCGUUUAGUGUAAAUUUGUGUCCAGCGCCGGUUCCACAGGAUGUUUACAGCGCUGUUGCAACAUUGGUUGAAGAAAAGAGGUCGCAGGAUGCUCAGAAUGGCAUCGAGAUUGCCAAAAUAUUGGAAGGUUUUGUUCGAAGAAAGGUUAUCAAGCAGACGGUGAUGACCACAGUGUACGGCGUAACGAGAUUUGGUGCUCGCUUGCAGAUUGCACGUCAGCUCAAGGACAUAGAUCAAUUCCCUAAAGAAAGUGUUUGGUCAGGAUCUUCGUAUUUGACAGGCAGAACUUUUGAGUCCCUAGGAUCAAUGUUCACAUCUACCCGUGAAAUCCAAGAUUGGUUUACUGAAUGCGCGCGACUGAUUUCGUCGGUUUGCGGACAGAACGUAGAAUGGGUGACACCUAUGGGAUUGCCAGUGGUUCAGCCUUACUUUCGUUACAAAAAACCUCAAACCAAUGGUUCUUACGAGAUUUUCCAUUUAGAUCAAUACGAGAAACCGAACGUGAUGAAGCAGAAAAAUGCUUUUCCGCCAAACUUUAUCCACUCGUUGGAUUCUAGUCACAUGAUGUUAACCUCUCUGCAUUGUGAGAGGGCCGGCAUUACUUUCGUCUCCGUCCACGAUUGCUACUGGACACACCCCUCGACUGUGCACAUUAUGAAUAAGGUUUGUCGAGAGCAGUUCGUUUCCUUGCAUUCUGAACCGAUUUUAGAAGAUCUGUCUGCGUUCCUUAGUGAGAAAUUUAGUUAUCAAGCAACGGAAAUUAACGAAGAUGGUUCAGUUGCUGAGUUGACAAAGAAAAAACUAAAUCGUGUACUGAGGAAAUUGCCCAGGACUGGCUCAUUUAAUAUUAAAGAAGUGCUGGAAUCAGUUUACUUUUUCAGUUAAUCAGUGAAAUAGUGCCUUAACGAAUAUAAAUUAAAAUGUUUUUUAUUUUAUUUUUACAUAGUUAAAUAUUUGUACCUGUGUUUAAAUUAUUUAAUGGAUUAAAUAAUACGAUCUAAUGUUA